UAGCGGCUCACUCUCCUGCAAUCUGAACAAUGACUUCAGAGCGGAGGAAGGGAAUUCAAUAGCCUAGAAUGCGUUAUACAGCACGAAAUAUCUGUAUUGAGCUGCUGUUCUCUCAUAUUAAGUCAAUGUACCAACCGUAAAUAUGUGGAUACCUACAGAGAACGAGAAAUACGGCGUCGUGCUGGCUAGUUUCCGAGGGACUGUGCAGCAUGGCCUACCGUUGGAGAUUGGCGACACCGUACAGCUUCUGGAGAAAUGCGAAGGCUGGUACAGGGGAUUCGUCCUUAAGAAUCCAAAUGCCAAGGGAAUAUUCCCCUGCAGUUAUAUUUACUUGAAAAAUGCCCAUAUCAAGAACAAAGGGCAGUUUGAGACGGUAAUCCCCAUGGAGGACUCGGUCAUCACAGAGAUGACAUCCACCCUGAGAGACUGGGGCGCCAUGUGGAAACGGCUCUACGUGGUAAAGAGCGCUCAACACACGCAUAAGAAUGAGGGAGAUCUGUUUCAUCGGUUGUGGCAUGUAAUGAAUGAGAUCCUAGACCUUAGAAGACAGGUUCUAGUCGGUCACCUCACCAACGACCGUAUGAGAGAUGUCAAACACCACAUCACUGCUCGGCUGGACUGGGGCAACGAACAGCUAUGUUUGGACCUGGUACCUCGGAGGGAGUUCAGCAUGGUGGAUCCAGAUGAGAUCAGUGUCACAGAACUCUUCAAACUUAUGGAGCACCGACACCGCAAGAAGGAGACCCCGGUCCCGGCCAGCACACACCACCUCUUCGUCCACAUGAAAAGUCUGAUGAGCUUCAGCCUGGGAGAGGAACUCGAGGUGUUCUUCCACAUCUACGACAGUAGGGAGAACAGACCGCUCAGCGAACGGUUCUUUGUGAGGCUGAAUAAGAAUGGAGUGCCCAAGUCGCCCGAGAAGACGGAGAGGCAGUGCACCCUCUUUGUAGAUUUGGGGAGCAGUGAUCUCCGGAAAGACGUCUACAUCGUGGUUCACAUAAUUAGAAUCGGGCGCAUGGGCGCCGGGGAGAAGAAGAACCUCUGCAGCGUCCAGUACAGGCGGCCAUUUGGCUGCGCCGUAGUCAGCAUCGCGGACCUCCUCACGGCGGACUCCAAAGACGACCACCUGUUGAAGGUUUACGCAUGUAACACGGAAAGCGAGUGGCACCAAAUCCAUGAGAGCAUCAUCAGGAAGAUCAGCUCCAGAUACAACCUGGCCGGUUCCAACACAGGUUUGGCAGUUUCCCUUCAGUUGCUGCAUGGGGACAUCGAACAGCUAAGGAGGGAGUACAUGGUGCUCUUCACCAGAGGUGUUUCCAUCACAAAGAAACUGGGCUUCUCUGACAUCAUCAUGCCAGGUGACAUGAGGAAUGACCUGUACAUCACGCUGGAGAAAGGCGAGUUUGAGAAAGGCGGGAAGAGUGUUGCCAGGAAUGUGGAGAUAACAGUCUACGUGCUGGACAUCGACGGUCAGGUCAUGAAGAGUUACGUCGCGGCCGGGUCAGGGGAGCCCGGUGGGGAUGAGUACCACUCCUUUGUGCUCUACCACAACAACAGUCCUCGCUGGGCCGAGCAGAUUAAACUUCCCAUCCCCGUGGACAUGUUCAGGGGCUCGCACGUCCGCUUCGAGUUCAGACACUGCUCCACGAAAGACAAAGGAGAGAAGAAGCUUUUCGGCUACUCGUUCGUUCCGCUGAUGCAGGAGGAUGGCCGGACUCUACCCGAUGGGACCCAUGAACUCAUCAUUCACAAAUGUGAGGAGAAUGCCAACCUCCAGGAUUCCGCCCGCUACCUAAAACUGCCCUUCUCCAAAGCCAAUCUGCCUGGCAACAACCAAGCUGUGAAAGGCGUCAAGGAGUCAUUCUGGAUCACCUCCUUCCUGUGCUCUACCAAGCUCACACAAAAUGGAGACAUGCUGGACCUGUUGAAGUGGAGAGCCCACCCAGAGAGAAUCAAUGACAGCCUGUCUAAGCUGAAGGAGAUCGAUGGUUCCGAGAUAGUGAAGUUUUUACAGGACACACUGGAUACUCUCUUUGGUAUAUUGGAUGAAAGCUCCCAGAGGUAUGGACUGAAGGUGUUUGACUGCCUGGUCCACAUUAUUAACCUGCUACAAGACAGCAAGUUUCAGCAUUUCAAACCCGUCAUGGACACCUACAUUGAGAGUCAUUUUGCUGGGGCCUUGUCUUAUAGGGACCUGAUCAAAGUACUGAAGUGGUACGUGGAUCGCAUUAUAGAUGCCGAACACCAGGACCACAUUCAGCAGGUCCUCAAGGCCAGUGAAUACAUCUUUAAGUACAUCGUCCAGUCGCGGCGUCUCUUUGCCCUGGCCACGGGGGGUCAGAACGAGGAGGAGUUUCGCUGCUGUGUCCACGAGCUCUUCAUGUCUAUUCGUUUCUUCCUGUCCCAGGAGAACAAGGGCACCAGCCCGGUUACGCAAACCCAGUGUCCAUGCGUGUGUUGCAAUUCCCAGGCGGUGUUCCUGCGGACGUUCCCUGCCGUGUACGGGGAGCUGCUGAAGAUUUUCACCGUGAAGGAGGUUGCCGGCUUCGUCAAGGAGACCCUGGGAAGUCUGCCUGCUACGGCUCACGCCGAGUGCCCCCUGGAGGCCGUCAAGCUGCAGUGCAUGGCCAAGACUGUGGAGAGCCAGCUGUAUGUCAACCCAGAUUCGCGGUGUACCCUGCUGCCGGUGGUGCUUCGUCUGCUGCAGGCUCACAUGCAGGAGCAGAGAGACCUGGUCAUGUGUGCCCACAUCCUCACCAGCAUGCUGUCUCUCAUCAGGAAGGAUGACUCCGUCACCACUGAGCCGGCUGUUUCUGAAGAGGUGGAUCUGAUCGUGGAGAGCCUGUUGGGUCUUCUGCUCCAGACCAUCCUGGAGAUCACAAACAGGCCCCAGCCUGCAGGAACAAAUAUGAGACUGCAGUUCCAGGAUGUCACGGGGGAGUUUGUUGCAUGUCUCCUGGCUCUUCUCAGACAGAUGACUGAUAAACAUUACCAGCAGCUCUUGCAGGCCUUCACCAGCAAAGAUGACCUGAGGGACUUCCUUUUGCAGAUUUUCACGGUCUUCCGCAUUUUGAUUCGGCCUGAGAUGUUUCCGAAAGACUGGACUGUGAUGCGGUUGGUUACUAACAAUGUAAUCAUUACAACGGUCCUCUACCUCUCUGAUGCGCUGAGGAAGAACUUCCUGAAUGAGAAGUUUGACUACAAGGUGUGGGACUCGUAUUUUUAUCUUUCAGUCAUCUUCAUCAACCAGCCUUGUCUCCAACUGGAGUCCUUUUCUCCCUCAAAGAGGAAGAAAAUAUUGGAGAAGUACGGAGACAUGAGGGUAAUGAUGGGUUGUGAGAUCUUCAGCAUGUGGCAGAACCUAGGUGAGCACAAGUUGAAUUUCAUCCCAGCGAUGAUAGGCCCGUUCCUGGAGGUAACACUUGUUCCGCAGCCUGACCUGAGGAAUGUCAUGAUCCCCAUCUUCCACGACAUGAUGGACUGGGAGCAGAGAAGGAGUGGCAACUUCAAACAGGUGGAAGCCAAGCUGAUAGACAAACUGGACAGUCUGAUGUCGGAGGGAAAAGGGGAUGAGACCUACAGAGAGCUCUUCAACAGCAUAAUCCCUCUGUUUGGUCCGUACCCUAGUCUGUUGAAGAAGAUUGAGAGGGAGACGUGGAGGGAGAGUGGCAUCUCCCUGAUCGCCACUGUCACACGUCUGAUGGAGAGACUGCUGGACUACAGGGACUGCAUGAAGCUGGGCGAGGUGGACGGGAAGAAGAUUGGCUGCACUGUCAGUUUGCUGAAUUUUUACAAGACUGAGUUGAACAAGGAGGAGAUGUACAUCCGCUAUAUCCACAAACUCUACGACCUGCACCUUAAAGCACAGAAUUACACAGAGGCAUCUUACACUCUCCUACUCUAUGACGAGCUGUUGGAGUGGUCAGAGAGGCCGUUACGAGAAUUCCUCAACUACCCCAUGCAAAGCGAGUGGCAGAGGAAGGAGUACCUCCAUCUCACCAUUGUACAGAAUUUCGACCGGGGGAAGUGUUGGGAGAACGGGAUCAUUCUGUGCAGAGAGCUUGCCGACCAGUAUGACUCAUACUACGACUACAGAAACCUCAGCAAAAUGAGGAUGAUGGAGGCGUCGUUGUACGAUAAGAUUAUGGACCAGCAGAGACUGGAGCCUGAGUUCUUCAGGGUUGGCUUCUAUGGCAAGAAGUUCCCCUUCUUCCUCAGGAAUAAGGAGUUUGUGUGCCGUGGCCAUGACUACGAGAGGCUGGAGGCCUUCCAGCAGCGCAUGCUGAAUGAGUUCCCCCACGCCAUCGCCAUGCAGCACGUCAACCAGCCUGACCAGACCAUUUACCAGGCUGAGGCACAGUACCUGCAGAUCUACGCGGUGAGUCCCAUCCCUGAAAGCCAGGACGUGCUCCAGCGAGACGGCGUGCCUGACAACAUCAAGAGCUUCUAUAAGGUGAACCACAUCUGGAGGUUUCGAUAUGACCGGCCCUUUCACAAGGGCACCAAGGACAAGGAGAACGAGUUCAAGAGCCUGUGGGUGGAGAGGACCACACUGACUCUGGUACAGAGUCUGCCCGGGAUCUCCCGAUGGUUUGAGGUGGACAAGAGAGAACUGGUGGAAGUCAGCCCGCUGGAGAAUGCCAUUGAGGUGAUCGAGAACAAGAACCUUCAGCUGCGGACCUUGAUCACCCAGUGCCAGAGCAGGCAGAUGCAGAACAUCAACCCCCUGACCAUGUGCUUAAACGGGGUCAUCGAUGCCGCCGUCAACGGGGGGCUUGCCCGCUACCAAGAGGCGUUCUUUGUGAAAGACUACGUUAUGAAUCACCCUGAGGACGGGGAGAAAAUCGGACGACUGAGGGAACUCAUGUUUGAACAGGCUCACAUUCUGGAGUAUGGAUUGGCAGUACACGAGAAGUUUGUUCCACAGGACAUGAAGCCUCUCCACAAGAAACUUGUGGACCAGUUCCAUGUGAUGAAGUCAAGUCUGGGAAUCCAGGAGUUCCCAGCAUACGUGCGUGCCAGCCCUGUGCACUUCAACGGCAGCCCGCGCAACUCGUGCCGGAACUCUGUCCCCAACAUCCUUAGCCUAGACGGCGCUCGCGUGGUGGCCAGACGCAGUCCCCUCACUUACCCAUCUGUCAACCGUUACUCGUCAUCCUCACUGUCAUCCCAGGCCUCCAAUGAAGUGAGCAACAUCACAGGUCAAUCGGAGAGCUCAGACGAAGUCUUCAACAUGCAGCCCAGCCCAUCUACCUCGAGCCUCAGCUCCAAUCACUCUGCCUCCCCCAAUGUGACCAGCUCUGCUCCCUCCAGCGCCAGAGGUUCUCCUCAGUUGCAGGACAAACACAAACAUUCCAGAGAGAACUCCUGCCUCUCUCCAAGGGAGAGACCGGUCAGUGCUAUUUUCCCAACCCCCCUGGAUCCUGCACAGGUGAAGGCCCCCUACCAGAACAGCAGAUACCAAUUUAAGAAGGCGUCCCCUAAUCAAAUAGGUGACACCAUCCUCCCUCGAAGUGAUCCUAACCUUUCUGCACCAGACAAAGUGAGACCAACCUUCAGUAGCUGGAGUCUAGACAGUGUAAAAGAGGUCAACAACACUCAGUUCUCUGACACAGUGGGAAAGUUUCUCUCUCCCCCUGUCCCUCCUAGGCCACCGUACUCAGGCUCUUCAGCCAAGAGCAUAAGGUCGCAGUCCCCUGGCCCAAUGUCCAGAUCUCCACAAAAGAGUUCGAUGCCGCCCUUCACGCCGUCACCGACCGAGUGCCAGUCGGCUGGCCUGGUGUCCAACUCGCCUGUGCUCUCCGGCAGCUACAGCAGCGGCAUCUCGUCUCUUAGCCGCUGUAGUGUAUCUGAGGCAUCGGGCACCGAGGCGACCGCUGGCGACCACCCCGCCCACCUGGCGGCUACCAUGCCCAACUCGGUCUCCUCCGGCUCGGACGAGCUCAUCCGUCGCGAGAACAAGACGCCUCCGCCAUACAGCGUGUACGAGCGCACCAACCCGCGUAGGCCGGUUCCGCUCCCCCACAGCCUGUCCAUCCCUCCCAAUGCAGACCCCCCGGCUCUGCCCCCCAAGCCCCACCAGAUACGCACCAGUAGCAUGAAGCUGGAUCAGGCGUCGGACUCUCGCAGGGCAGACGGGGUGCCCCACGUCCCCAGACCCAGACCUCUCCCCAGGAAGGUCUCCCAGUUGUAGGGUAAGAGAGGACCUAAACAGAACCUGGUGCGAUGUUGAGCGACACCACUGGCGUGUUUUGCACUUUUUCCAGACUUUUCUCUUCAGUUUGGCAAUCCCAAGCUCUGCCCACAACCGUUUCAGGCUCACGAGUCUCGUUGCAAAUAUUAUAUAUUUUUUUUUUUUAGGGAGGGCUUUACGUUGACUUUGUCAUUCUGCACUUUUGGCUGUAGUAAAUUGGUUUCCACACGGUAAAUUGAAAUGUUUACCAGACGAAGACAACGAACUAAGGCAUUGGUUUUAGAUUUUUCCAUAAAUGUAAUAGUACCAAUAUACAGUAUGUAUAUAUUGGUUCCAUAUAACAAGUGUUUUGCCUUAAGUAUUGGAACUGUAAAUGGCUAAAAGGUGCUAGAAGCUACAUGCAUAUGGAUUUCAGUACAGGUUAGUAGCUAAGAGUGUGUUUGCAUUCAUCCGCACGGGCAGUGGUACGAGAACAGGAAGCAAAUAUGUUGCUAUUUUUAUAGAGCAAAAAUCAGUGGCUGGUUUAAAUCUUUUGGUCAGUAAAAUACUUUUUAAAUGUUAGUCAUAAUAAGCCACUCAGAAAUCCUCAUUUGAUUGCUAUAGAUUCUCUCAUCUCUUAAGAUUGUUUUUUAAAGCUGUAUUUUAAGACCGAGUCCUUUGUCCUUGAAAGUCCUAACCCUUUUAUUUAUCCUGUGUACAUUUCUAAGUGCCACAAUUGAAUUGAAAGCUACUAAAUAAUUUAUACAUAAUUGGAGACCACUGCUUUCAGAGUGGCUUGAUCUGUGGACAUAACCUAACCCUUAGCGUGAAGAGUUGUAUGUACGUUAUGGUGGAUCUUUGGGAUUUACCAAGUAUUGUGCCAAAGGAACGUGCAUAUGCAGUAAUGACCAACUAGGAAUCCUGAACAUGGGUACACUCCAUUGGCAAGAUGACUAGAGCUUCUACUUGCCCAAACUGAAAAUGACUUACGACAGUUACUUGUAUGAAAAGGCAUUGGGGAAAUGGGAACUUUUGACAUAAGGAGUGGCGAUAUGCCAUUUCGACAAGCACAAAUGAGAUUAAAUCUGCACUAACAAUGGUUACAUUACCAAGGACUCAAAUUAACUGUUGAGUUGUUACCCAACCACGUCAGGCAUUUGAAGCGCAGUAUGUACAAUAGAAAAUAAGUUCUCUAUCUGCCACUGACUGAUUGUCAGCAAAUCUUACACAAACGAGCGCUGCCGUUCUAUCUUUGUGAUUGUUUUGUAGGGAACAAUUUGAACUGAUCAUUGUAUAGUCACGUUUGUACAGUACAGCCAAGUCCGUUAGCAGUUUUCUCUGUGUGUUUGACAGACGUGGUGGACAGAGUGCACUAGUUUCGAGUCCUGUUGUCCUGUUCUACGGUAUCUAGGAAGUUGUCAGGUCCAUUGCCGUCAGUGUUUUACAAAGAGAACGCUGUUUCUGUUUAAGACAUCUUGGGAAAUAUUUAUCACUGAAUUCAGUACAAUGGAUUUCAGAAAUAACUAGGGGAUUCUUUGUAUGUUUCACUUUUGUAUGGUUCAUACAUUUGUUUUUAAUUUGUUGUGUAUUUUUUGGGGGGGAAUUAAAUAUUAACAAUUAUCAGUACUUGAGAAAUUGUAAGUGAUAUAAUGAUGAGAUUGUUGUAAGUAUGCCAAUAGUAACUUUGUGUAUGACUACUGUACAUAGUGUGUUUUUAACCAAAUGUAGCUAUAACACAUUUACAGCUUUGAAUGUCGGAACAGCAAAUUAUUAUUAUAAAUGUCAAAACAAUUAUGUUUUUGUGAGUGUAGAAAUCUGAGGAAAUUCAUAACUACACCUAACACAUUUACAUGCUCAAUAAACUGCCCUAUGUAAUAAAAAGACAUAAUUAAGCAUA